AUGAGAUACGUUGUGAUCAUCGCCUUUUUCGCUGCCGUAGCCUCCGCCGGAUUGUUGGAUCCGGAAGAUCUGGGCGACGGAUUUGUGGACCUAUUGGACCUGGACAAAUUUGACGACCUUUGCGAAAGCAAGAAGAUUAAGGGCCUCAUCAACGACUUGACAAAUGUCACCGACAACACAAAGAAGUCGUUGCACUCGGCGGUGAAACUCCAUCAACACUUGGGUGAUGACGGUAAGGAGCAUUUGCACAACUUCUUCCAGUUCAUCGUCAAGUAAGUUACUGUUUCAUAAGCAUAGACUUGAUUUCAGGUUCGGAAAGGAGUACGAAAAUGUCACCACCACUUCACAACGCUUCGGUCACUUCAGAACUUCCUUGAAACGCGUUGAAAGCCGGCAAAAGCAGAGUCCAACGGCCAAGUUUGGGAUUACCAAAUUCUCAGACUUGAGCCCACGGGAAUUCAUCGACAAACACACUGGAGUCACAGGAGUUAGCCAUGUCCAGAAGCUUCACAGCAGUGCCAAGCCCGCUCAAAUCCGCGCCAAACGCCGGGAUAUUCCAGAUUCCUUUGAUUGGAGGGACUAUAACGGAGUCACCUCCAUCAAGAAUCAAGGACAAUGUGGGUGUUGCUACGCGUUCGCUGCGGUUGGUGCCAUUGAGAGUCAAUACAAGAUCCAGACCGGUGAAGAAUUGGAUCUGAGUGAAGAGCAGAUGGUCGCGUGUACCUACCGAAGCCGAUACUAUGAUGAUAACAAUGGCUGCAACGGAGGCUCUUCUCCGGGAGUUUUCCGAUACGCGAUUAACAAUGGAAUCACUACUGAGGAAGAUUGGGGCUACACUUUGGUUGACACCGGUGAUAACUCGGCCAUUCCAAGAUGUCAACGCAAGGAGUCCGCACUGUCGGUUUCCAGCCAAGAACAACUCCCAUCCGGUGAUGAGGUCACCAUGGCCAGUGUCGUUGCUAGCUCCGGACCGGUUGUUACGUGUAAGUACAGUUGAAUAAACAUCUAUGACACUUUUCAGACCUUGAUGCCGGACCACUCCAAGACUAUCAAGGAGGAAUCAUCAAUGCCCGAGCACCCGCAGGUGGCUGGAGAGUCACACAUGCCAUUCUUACCGUCGGCUACGGCGAUGAGGAUGGUACUCCCUAUUGGAUCAUGAAAAAUCAGUGGGGAGAAGACUGGGGUGAGGACGGAUUCUUCAGAGUCAUCCGCGGCACCAACAGCCUGCUGAUCGGAGACUAUAGUUACCAGGUUCAACUUUGA